AUGGGUAGCACAGAAAAUGCUUAUUGUCGUCUCUGCGCUGUCUGUAAGCCUCACGACAAGCUCGUAGACUUACAAAUAGAUCAGCAAAAAAGAAAUUUCACAGUAAACAAACUGAAACUACUCAACUGUCAGUUGGAUUUUAGUGAAAAUUUUCUACCUAAAACUGUUUGUUUAGUAUGUAUUAACUCACUUACACACGCAGCUGACUUUGUAGUCGCCGUGGAACAAGCUCAAGUUGUGUUAAGAGAUGUAAUUUUAACGCAACCUAUCAAAAAAGAUUCCUAUAACUCUGACUGCGAAGGAGCAUUCGUUUGUGAAAUUUUAGAAGAGAAAUGUGAAGAUAAUAUUAAUGUAAGAUCGGAGUCCAUUAAUGAAGCUCAUAUGAAAAUAAAAUCAGAUUUGUGUAACGUAGGUGGUAUUAAUAAAAAAACAGAUAGAACUUCCAAGAACAAAGCUUUAAUAAAUCAAACAGGAAGUACGAAAAAUGGGAAAGAAGAGAAACUAUCAGAUUUAGACUCCGUACCUCCCUCUCAACGAAAAUCAACCUGGGAAGACUACACCUGGACCUGUUCGUACUGCGAGACUCAAUUUGCAACUGUUACAGAACUUAUAAGCCAUUCUAUGAAGUACCACAAGUCAUGUACUGCAUAUUGUUGUACUGAUUGUAAUGUUAAAAGGUUAAGACUUGAUCGAUUCUUAACACACGUCCGUACCCAUAGAAAAUACCUACAGCUCUCAUGCUAUAUAUGUUUUAAAACAUUUCCAUCAGCCCACGAGGUAAAUAAACAUAGAGCUACACAUAUCACAUCUAAUUAUAAAUGUGUUGGUUGUAAUACAAGUCUGCCAAGUAAUGAGGAAUUACAAAAACAUUCUAAUUUAUUUUACAAAAACUCACGGUCACGUAACAUACCACUUCAGGCACAAAAAGACAUUUUGCAAUGUUUGAUUUGCACAAAAGAGUAUAAAACAAAAACAUCUUUGCACACACAUUUAUUAAAACACACUGACAGAAAACCCAAAUAUACAUGUGAAGUUUGCGGAAAAUGUUUCUGGCAGAAAAGUGGUUUAGAUGCACAUAUAAUGCUACAUGAGGACAAAAGACCAUUUCGUUGUGAAAUUUGCAAAUCAUCCUUCAGAAAUAAACAUCAGUUACGUUAUCAUGUUGGUGUUCAUGAUGGUGAAAAACCUUUUUCUUGUAAACAAUGCGGAAAAUGUUUCCGUCUACAAAAACAAUUAACUUCACAUAGUAUAAUCCACACAGACUCGCUCCCUCACAUCUGCACAUUCUGUAAUAAGAGAUUUAGAUUGAAAGCUUAUUUAAAUGUACAUAUUCGUCAACACACCGGAGUCAGGCCAUAUACAUGUGAUACCUGUGGAAGAGACUUCACAAAUUGGGCAAAUUAUAACAAGCAUUUGAGACGCAGACAUAACAUGGAUAUAACAAAGAGAAAAUAUACUUCAGGUGAUCUUUGCCCUGUAGGUAAAACUACAGGCAAAGUUAAUUAUCCAGAAAUGGAUAAAAUUUUGGAAUGGAAAAAUAAAAUACUAUAUAAAGAAAAGCCAGUACCUAGGACAGAUGAAUUUACAAUUGUUAUGGAAAUCAAAAGUAAAGAGACCAAUAAUAAUUGA